UGAAUCGCGAAGCGGAGGUGGUGGUGGAGAAAUGUGUGUAGAGCUUCUUUCUCUUUUCCCCUUUCUCUUUUCUCUCGCUCGCUCUCUUUUUGUUCUUUGAAAGAUUCCAUCCAUUUUUCUGUCCACAACAGUUAUGUUACACAAUCGCCCUCCCCUCGUUUCAUCUCUUCUUUUGUUUUUUUCCCCUUUCUUUUAAUAGAAUAAUAAUUAUACAUAUAUAAUACUAUAUCUUCUUGUAAUUAUUCUAGAAAACAUCAUCAUUUUCAAAUUUGGGCUAAAAUCAGAGAGAAGGAGAGAGAGGGACAGGGACAAAGAAAGUGAGGAAAUUGAUAGGAAGGUGGGAGACGUUUUCUCCCAUUUGAAUUGAAAGAGAUAAUCACAGAAAGAGGAAAAAAAUAAUUGAAGAGGGGAGGGGUGGGGGGGUUUCGGGUCGGUGUCUGGUCGUCUGGUCAGGUCAAGGAGGUUGCCUUGUCGAGUAUGUAGUGGUGGUGCUGCGGCUGCUGGGUCUCCUUCGGCAAACAUACAACCACCGAUCAUCUUAGCUCCGACUCUAAUCAGCAGUCAGGAAUUUCAUCUUUGGUGCAAUAUCAGACCUUUGAGGAAUUUCAUCUUUGGUGCAAUAUCAGACCUCAAUUUUUGUUAGUAUGGCUGGGAUGGAUGAUAAUGUUGUUAUAAUUGGAGAUUGGGUGCCUCCUAGUCCAAGCCCAAGAACCUUUUUAUCUGCAUUGUUAGGUGACGAUAUUGGGUCCAGAUCAGUCUCAGAACCUCCCAGCAGUAACAGAACUGAGGAGAUCUUUCUGGGAUCUUCAGAGUCAAACACCAACGUUAAAAACAAUGGGACAAAAGACGGUAUUUCUAGUGAGAAAUUCACUGAUUUAGGUUCAUUUCCUGAACAUAAAUCAUCAUGCUCACGUGCCGGCCUCAUGGAAAGGAUGGCAGCAAGAGCUGGAUUUAACGCUCCCAGGUUGAAUACACAAUGCAUUAGAUCAGCUGACCUCUCAUCCAAUCCUGACAUUCGCUCUCCUUACUUGACGAUACCUCCUGGUCUUAGUCCUACUACGCUGCUAGAUUCUCCCGUUUUCCUUUCCAAUUCGCUGGUGCAGCCAUCUCCAACAACUGGAAAAUUCUCGUUAGUGCCAAAUGGUGACAGUAGGAGCUUGACAUUGAUCUCAGAGGCCCCUGAUAGAAGUAAAGAUAAUACUUUUGAAGAUAUUAAUACCUCAUCGUUUGCUUUCAAGCCCAUUACCGAACCAGCAUCCUCAUUCUUUUUUGGUGCUUCAAGCAAAAUGACUUCAAAAACUCUUCCUCAACAAUCCUUUCCAAGUAUUGAGGUGUCUGUUCAGUCAGAGAGUUCUUUUCAAAGUGUAGAACAUACCAAUCAAACACAGAAUAGAAGCAGCCUCUAUUCUCAGGCAGACAACUCCCGAUCAUCUCCUGAAAGGGAUAUUGGGACUAAUGUGAUUGUGGCAGAUCAAACAGCCUUUGACGCUGUUGGUGGCAGAACCGAACUUUCUCCGCCACUUGAUGAGCAACCGGAUGAAGAAGGAGAUCAAAGAGGCAGUGGAGAUUCUGUGGCUGCAGGUGGUGGUGGUGGUGCACCAUCAGAGGAUGGAUAUAACUGGAGAAAAUAUGGACAAAAACAAGUCAAAGGAAGUGAGUAUCCGCGAAGUUACUACAAGUGCACGCAUCCUAAUUGUCAGGUGAAGAAGAAGGUCGAACGAUCUCAUGAGGGCCACAUAACAGAAAUCAUCUAUAAGGGGGCCCAUACGCACCCUAAACCUCCUCCAAACCGGCGAUCAACAAUUGGGUCCACUAACCCACUCAUGGAUAUGCAACUAGAGAUCCCUGAACAAGCUGGGCCACAGAAUAGUAAUGCUGAUGGUGAUCUGGUUUGGGCAAGUUCACAAAAGGGAACUGUUCCCGGGGCUUCUGAUUGGAGGCAUGACAACCUUGAGGUGACAUCGUCGGCACCUGUGGGCCCAGAGUACUGCAACCAGUCUAUCUCUGUGCAUGCUCAGAAUGGCGCUCACUUUGAAACAGGUGAUGUGGUGGAUGCAUCAUCUACUUUUUCCAAUGACGAAGAUGAAGAUGACCAAGGGACACAUGGCAGUGUAUCAUUAGGUUAUGAUGGCGAAGGAGAUGAAUCUGAAUCAAAGAGAAGGAAAAUUGAAGCCUAUGCGACAGAAAUGAGUGGAGCCACUAGAGCCAUCCGGGAACCUAGAGUUGUGGUCCAGACUACCAGUGAGGUAGAUAUCCUUGAUGAUGGGUACCGUUGGCGCAAGUAUGGGCAGAAAGUUGUGAAAGGAAAUCCAAAUCCAAGAACUUGUUUAUGCAGGAGUUACUAUAAGUGUACCAGUGCAGGUUGCACAGUAAGGAAGCAUGUGGAGAGGGCAUCGCAUGAUCUUAAGUCAGUGAUCACCACAUAUGAGGGAAAGCACAAUCAUGAUGUUCCUGCUGCUCGCAAUAGUAGUCAUGUCAAUUCUGGCUCCUCUAGCGCUGUACCUGCCCAAGCUUCUGCUGCUGCUAUUCAAAAUCAUGUUCACAGGCCUGAGCCAUCACAAGUGCACACUAGCAUGGCUAGGUUUGAAAGGCCUGCUUCACUCGGUUCAUUCAGCCUUCCUGGUAGGCAGCAGCUGGGGCCUUCUCAUGGCUUCUCUUUUGGAAUGAGUCAACCAGGCCUUUCCAAUCUAGCAAUGGCUGGUCUGGGUCCUGCCCAAGCCAAAGUUCCUGUUAUGCCCGUUCAUCCGUACUUGGCACAGCAACGCCAGGCGAGUGAAAUCGGUUUCAUGUUGCCAAAAGGAGAACCGAAGGUGGAGCCUAUGUCCGAACCUGGUCUGAACCUGUCCAAUGGUUCAUCGGUAUACCAACAAAUUAUGAGCAGGCUGCCGCUUGGACCUCAGAUGUAAACUUCUGUUUUCUGUUUUCUUUGGGAAACGUAGAAAUGUGUACCUUUCUAUUAUAUAAUAUACAUAUAUGGGUAUUUUAUUUAGUGAUA